CCAAAAACUAGGUCGACCAUUUAGAUUACUUACGGCGAGUCAGUUUGGUUCGACGAGAAAAGAACACAAAAAACACGCUUCGGAUUCACGCUUAAAGGUACAGGUUGACAUUAAUCAUUUUAUUACGUUAACAAAAAAAUUCACACUUAAAAAUAUUAACAGCAGAUUACAAUAGUAGGACCAGUUAUCUGUUUGAACACACGCCUAUAAACGUUUGUUCUCUUGCGUAACUAGUCAGUAGCGAAAGAAAUAUUUCACUUUUCUAGUAGAGGUAAUGAAUGCGCUGCAGGCGGGCAUCCACCCGUUACUUCUGUUGAAGGACCACUAUGAAAAUUCAGUCGCACCCGGGGAGCAUUUUCGAUCCAGAGCGCGAUCCCAGUAGAUUCUUUUACCUUGUCAGCUGUACUUCAAGAUCAGGAAAAUUUAUUUUUGCAACCUUUCAAAAAGGCUUCUAAUGUAAUUGUUGCCGCCUGAAGACGCUUCCUGUUCAUGACUCAAUAACAGCCUCGAUUUACUAAUAAGCAUCAAUAAUAGUAAAAUUUAUUGAAGUAAUCAUAUCUAGCGAGAAAUGACGCAGUUUCCAAAGUCCGGUAUAUAUUACAUAAGCUCGAUAGGAUGUGUAACCUUUGCUUUCACAAAUACCCAUCCGUUUGUGCUACGGGUGACUGCACCCUUAAACCCGGCAAUCAUCUUGAUAAGAAGGAAUCUAAGAACCACUUUGAUUCGCCUUCAGGCCCUAGCUCAAAAGAGAAAAUGGUAAAGAGCAUCCGUCAAUUGUAGUUGUAGGGUGAAAUAUAAGUUGCGUAAGGUUUGCGCAUAUCACACUGGACAUAUCGCAGUGCCGAAGCAACUUCCACUGGGACACAGCCGUUGUCAACUUUUACCACGAAUGUCAAAGGAUCGUUGGCUAACGUUUAUAUGGCGGCUUAAUCAUAACGGCACAUUGUGGACGUUCGGCGUUUACGACGCGGAAUUCCCUGUAUGAGUUUGGCAGAAACAAAAAGAGAGCCUUAAAUCGUGUGAAAUUGCUCUAGGAACUUGUCGUAGUCUAAACGAGUAGCAAAUACCAUUCCACUUCAUUUUAAAGGAUGUCGGUGUAUAUGCAAAUUGUGUUAUUAGCAACAGCCUGGCUGGGCCAGAUGGAAGAUAUGGGCAACGCAGGUGGUCCGUCGCGAUUGUUCAAGCCGCCAUUUCCGGCAACGACUGUCGAAGUAACUCCCAAGUUUAAGGUGGUCUCCGAAAGAGGCCCCUUUUCUAUAUCAACAGGAAUUUCCUUUCCAAUUGAGCUGGAACUUGAUUCCGAGCCUGAAGCCAUCAGGGAACUCGACGAACCGAGGAGUAAAAAGCAGCUGGAUCAGAGCACGUUCGGCCGCGUACGAUUGGCCGACGAUGUAAGCUUUGCGCCUACGCAAAAUGACAUCAUGCACAAAAAAACGAAAUUCAAGCGGAACCCACUAAAAACAGAUACAAGCGUCAGCCGCGAGAUGAAGAAAAUCAAACGUGAAAUGAAAGAACUCGUGAAGACGACAGGCUUUGGAUCCCGUGAAAAUAGGGCCGUGUUACCUCCUGAUCGAACACUAAGGGCUCUUCAGGAACGAUUGCAACUGUUCAGAAGCAUUACGUUAUCGCUAAAUCAAGUGGGCCUCGUAGGAGAGCAAUGUCUUCUUCGAGCGAUUUGCGAAGCUGCCAAAUUCCCGCAGGCGGAUGAAGAGGGUCUCGUUGGACAGAUCGUCACACUUCUCCUCACGAUUCCGGAAAAUAGUGUUCCCGAGAUGGCGAGUUAUAAUGAGGCUACGGAGCGAGGAAAGGCUGGAAAGAAUUGUACCGGUUAUAGUGACUGCCCGAUUUCCGUGUUCAAUGUGCGUGAUCUUUAGGAAUAAUCUCCAAAAUCUACAGUAGACACAUUACGCUGAAGGAAGGUUUGCCUAUUGUAUCUGAUUCAAAUAGUAGUAGUGACCCUUUGUCGCGCACGCGGUAUUCUAAGCAAGCACUAUCGUUUUGUGCACUUUUUCAAAGACAAAGGGAAAAAAUGAUAGGAACGCUUUAUUAUGACUGUCGCUGGAGGACAAGACCAUUGUUGCAUAACAAUAAAAACAAGCCUUAGACGC